UUUAGCAUUGUAUUCCGGAGUUUGCCUCUUACCUUUCAUUUAAUUAAAGCACUAAUUUGAUUGCAUGAGUCUGGAAAUUUGGGCUUUAAGCCUCAAAUGACUUAAGCUUUUUAACUUUUAAAGCACAUAAGAUCCAUUUAACUAGAAGUGGAUUGAAAUUAAAUUUUGGCCCAUGUGAUUUUAGAUUGGAAAAUUUGGACUCAAGAUUAUCAAGUUUGCACAAGUCCAAUAUCAAACAACUCUGAUUGGAAAGCUCAAAUAAUCAAAAUUGGGAACAUCCGAAUAAAACUCGAAAUCCAUUUUAAUUAAUCCGGAUGUUUAAACAACCGCUUACUUAACAGUUAAGCCAUGACGUCACUUUUCUUAAAUUCAAUAGUUGGUACAAUAAAUAACCCAAUAGAAUGCCAGACGAUUUGCAAGGGGCGUUAGCUGUCAAAUGUCAGUUACCAUUUACGCUGCAUAAAAUCAAAUCACAUGAGUUUUCCCAUCCCUUUGAAAGUAUUGCAUAUACUCAAAUCUCUCGUUUACACACGCACAGGGGGACACCGUCAAGGAAGAUCAUCGAUGGCUGCAGCAGCGAUCACCCAUUCGUUGCCUGAAGAUAUUGUGGUGGAUAUUCUGGCAAGAUUGCCUGUCAAAUCUCUAAAGCGAUUCAGGUGUGUUGGUAAGUCUUGGUGUUGCUUGAUUCAAAGCCCUCAAUUUAUUACUGCCCACUAUUCUUUUAGUAAAAACAAGACCUGUCUCCUCAUGAAACAAGUGAAUUUUUCACCGAGAAAGGCUAUGGUCUCUUUUAUUUCCAAUCAAACUCUUGAUGUUGUUGCCAAUCUUGAUAUACCAUCCUUUACUGAUGAUCCAAUAAGUAUAAAAAUCGUAGGUCAUUGCAAUGGCAUAAUUUGUCUUUGUGACAGUGUUAGUGGUAUUCUUUUGUGGAACAUUGCGACUAAGGAAUUUAAAAUUCUCCCUAUGUGUCCUUUUGAGCGUCCGCCAAGCUAUGAAAAUACCAUUGAUGUAGUGUAUUCUUUAGAGUGUCCGUCAAGCUCUGAAAAUUCCAUUGAUGUAGCUGGUCUGGGUUAUGAUUCCAAGAGAGAUGAGUAUAAAGUAAUUAGGAUUGACACAUUUUGGGAGGGUGAUUUCGACAAAGUCCCCCGAGGUAACCGAGUUGCUUUGUACAACUUAACUACUGAUUCUUGGAGAAAGUUGAAUGACAACUUAACUGCUGAAUUCUUCCAUAGUUAUAGGAACUAUCAAGUCUACUCCAACGGAUUUUAUCACUGUUUGGCAGUUGUUGAUAGUGAAGAAUUGCUCCUCUCAUUUGACAUGAGUAAUGAAGUUUUCGUUACAACACCAUUCCCUGAUGGGAGAUUGGAUGGCUGCUAUGAUGUAUGGGUGUUGGGUGAACUUGGUCUAAAGAACUCUUGGACAAAAUUAUUCACCAUUGAAUCUCUUCCUCCUGCCACUACACCAUUAGGAGUCGGCAGCGAUGGUGAAAUCUUCUUUGUUAACGAAGAAAGCAACUUUCUGGCGUGGCAUCAUCGAGAUAACAAAGAGAUAAAGACACUCCAAUUUGAUGGAACUGCAUUAGAGCUAGCAUUGUAUGCAGAGAGCCUAGUUUCUUUCAGGGGAGGAACUGCAUUCAACCAUUAAUUUUCAUUUGCUGAUACUUACAAUUUAGUUAUGCUUUUACUCAAUGUUCAACCUUUUACUAUCAAGAUAAACUGUAUUGGUACCUUUGCAUUGAGAAACAUCUGUUAGAUUUUCUUCUCUCAUUUUCUUUUAUCUUACAUGGCAUUCAAUUUUCAGUCUUUGGUUUUCUA